UGUUCUUCCCUUGAGCAUAUAAUACUUCCUCAAAACCCCUUCCCUUGUAAACCCAGCCUUCUCCAGCACCCUCUGCGACCCAAUAUUCUCCACAUCCACCAGCGCCUCAAGCUCCUCAAACCCACCAUUCUUCUUCCUUCUUCUUAUUUUUUUGCUCUCUCUUCUCCCUUCUUCUUCCUUUCUAGAUCUGGGUUUGAGAAAAACCCAAAUCUAGGUUUUCUUGUUCUUCCCUUGAGCAUAUAAUACUUCCUCAAAACCCCUUCCCUUGUAAACCAAGCCUUCUCCAGCACCCUCUACGACCCAAUAUUCUCCACAUCCACUAGCACCUCAAGCUUUUUUAGAUGGGGCCAGUCUUUGAAUAUGCUUCCGACGACCAAUUUCACAACCUACGUUGCAAUCCCUUUGCCCCAGUACUUGGAUCUCAAAGCAUACCCAGGUUCCCCUUUACACAUAUUGUAGCCUGAAAAUGCCGUCACUGAAAUUGUGCCAAUGGAUUUUUCUCAAACCCACCAAACUCUGUGAUGAAAAUAAACGUGCAUUUUCAUU